UUUUGCCUUAAUCUCGCAACAUUGCUAAAGAGCCGCGUCCGAGCAGAACGUUUAGGUUGUUGAAGUCUGUUCAAAUUAAUUUUAAUUUAAUAUUUACGUUUAGAUUCAUUUAUCAAAAUGGUAAAACUAACGCCAGAUUUGAUUAAUCAAUCAAUGCAGUACAUGAACCCAUGUAGAGAUCGCGAAUUGGAUUUGAGAGGAUACAAAAUUCCCCAAAUCGAGAAUAUGGGUGCAACACUGGAUCAAUUCGAUACGUUCGAUUUCUCCGAUAACGACAUUCGCAAAUUGGAUGGCUUUCCGCAUUUACCUAGGUUAAAAUGUUUGCUAAUGAACAACAAUAGAAUAGUAAGGAUAAGUGAUAUUCUGCACGAGUCGCUACCAAACCUGGAGAGUGUGAUUCUUACCGGUAACAAUAUUCAAGAACUAGGUGAUCUGGAACCACUCACAAAGCUACCAAAGUUGCAAACCCUUUCGCUGUUAACGAACCCGGUAUCCACGAAGCAGCACUAUCGCGAGUACGUAGCAUUUCGGUUUCCGAAUCUGCGGUUGUUGGAUUUCAGAAAGAUUAAAGCAAAGGAACGGGAGGCGGCCAAGGAACUGUUCAAGAGUAAAAAGGGCAAAGAGUUGCACCGGGAAAUUAUGCGGAAAGCGAAAUUGUCGAUGCCAGUUCCGGACAAACCAUCGGUACACAAUGCUACGCCGGCGGACAUUCAGCGCAUCAGGGAGGCCAUCAAACGGGCCACCAAUCUGCACGAAGUUGAACGGCUCACCAGAAUAUUGCAAUCCGGUCAGAUAAGCGACGAUUUUAUGUUGAACGGUAAAUUCGAGAAUCGAUUUGCGCUACUAGCGCAAAAUUUUGUUUAAGAUAUCAUUGCAGGAGUCUUUAAACGGAAGGGGAUAAGUGUGGCAGAUGGUGGACGUG